AUAUCAGUGUUUCUGUGGGAUGGAGAGGCCAGAGGGCAAUUGAAGAUUCUGUAAAGUAACUUCAAAGGAAGUAGAGAGAGAGAGAGAGAGAGAGAGAAAAGCAACUUUCGCCCAGUGUUUCAUCUGGAGGUUCACGCCCCGCUUUGCUCCGCAGAGCGACAUCGAUUCAUGCGCUGAACGCAGAAAACAUACUUAAAAAUGUUCCUGUACAUCCUCGGGCUGGUCGCUCUUUGGUUCAUCUAUCGCUGGUUUAAGGAAACCAAAAGGGUUUCCAACAAAGCAGAUAAAUAUGUCUACAUCACUGGCUGUGACUCUGGGUUUGGUAACCUCCUCGCAAGACACCUGGACAAACUGGGCUUCCGCGUGAUCGCAGCCUGUCUCACUGAGAAGGGUGAGGAUGAGCUGAAGAAGAUCUCCUCCGACCGACUGACGACCACGCACCUGGAUGUCACAGACUCUGAAAGCGUCAGCAGAGCAACAGCUCUGAUCAAAACUUUGGUCGGAGAGAAGGGCCUGUGGGCUGUUGUGAACAACGCUGGAGUCUCAUUGCCGUCUGGUCCCAAUGACUGGCUGACUAUAGAGGAUUAUAAGCACAUGCUGGCCGUGAAUCUGUACGGAGUAAUAGAUGUAACCCUGAGCGUCCUCCCUCUCAUCAAGAAGGCCAAAGGCAGGGUGGUGAACGUUGCUAGCGUGUUUGGACGAAUCAGCCCGUUCGGUGGACCUUACUGUGUGUCCAAGUACGGAGUGGAGUCCUUCAAUGACAGCCUGCGUUUAAACUUGGCACCAUUUGGAGUCAAGGUUGCCUGCAUUGAACCAGGGUUCUUCAAAACAAAUGUGACUGACACAGAGAUUUUGAAGAAUAACCUGAAGAAGCUCUGGGACAGAUUACCUCAGGAUGUGAAGGACGACUAUGGACGCGGUUUCUUGGAGCAAACUCUUGAAAAGUUGGAUGAAAGAUUCAGGCAGCUUACGGACGCCGACCUGAUGAAGGUGGUCGGCUGUAUGGAGCACGCCAUCUCCGCCGUUCACCCUCGCACUCGCUACUCUCCUGGAUGGGACGCAAAGUUCUUCUGGUUGCCUCUUUCGUACAUGCCGACCUGCAUUUCUGAUGGACUUUUUCUUAAAAAUAGCCCCAAACCAAAAGUAUCUGUACUGUAGUUUCCAUCAAAUGAGUUAUUGGGUAGAACUGGACAUAAGAGCACUUUUAUAUUCACUGCAAUAGAUGUUUGUGAGUAAAGAUUCACACCACUGAUAGCAUCAUAUAAAUAUAUUCUGCAUUAUAAAACAUGUUUGGUUGUUCAUUAUCUUUUUGACUUGACUCCAGACAUCAUCAUGCAUGUUGAUUUAUUACAAGAUUUAAUCUAAAUACUGUACUAUGCAGCUCAGAUAAAGGCCUGUGAGCACA